AUGGCCUGCAGAUUAAAAACCAUUCCUGCAGAAUGCAUGGACCAAAUUUUGGACUAUGCUCUAGUAGCAGAAUUUAGAGACCGACUAGUUUUGAAAGACCGCAACCUUUGGGAGCAGAGAUGGGACAUCACAGGAAACCUCUUCAGCGUGGACAAGGAAGGGGUUUCUCAACGCGCUCUGGAGCACUUUUACGACAAGAAUCAUUUGGUGAGACUUGAGUGUGACAGGGCUCUCGCAUACACAAUCGGCAAGAUUAUUCCAAUUCUGGAAUUGAAUCCUGGAUCAGGUACUCCAGAUCAUGCGCUCUCAAUAAAUAUUAGCUGCGAUGGUGAUGGUAAUGGGUACACUUCCUCUCAAGACUUGAUAAUCAUCUCAGGCAAAUAUCUUCCUCGGCUCGUUGCACUGCUUAAUAGUAUGCAAGACUCUGAUGUUGACGACACACAGAAUGGGUUUGAAUGCGACUUUAGACAUCAGCACGAUGGUUAUGGAACAGUAGCUCCCGAGAUCAGGUACGACUUUAAUCGAGAAUCUCACAUAAGACUGGGUCUCGAUUUCACAGUCAGCAGCGGUGGAUACUACGAGAACAGACAUGACAUUGCCAUCCGACUAGUCAACUCUUUACAAGGUCUUUGCUGGCCGAAAAAAUGGUGGUCUUGUCGCCAACCCCCAAAGAAUCAGACAUAUUUCCUUCUCAAACCGGAACGCUCUCCAUCUUACGGCUUUGACAAGAUCGCUGCAAAAUUUGGCAUCAUAUAUACAGAAGAGGAGUUUAUCCAUUGGGCAACCGCAUUCAAAAAGGAAGCUGAUGAAUUCGCCCUUGAGCCAUGCACCUAUCCUCAAGCACGAGCUUACUACGUACUGGCCGGCUCCAUGCUUUUGAAAAAUGCAUUCUCUCAUUAUGAGACGAUUAACGGGGAAGAUACUACUGAGUGCCAUAUCUUUUUCAAAGCUUCUGAAGUGGAGAGUCUACCAGUCCCACGUAUCAGAGCCCACUGUCUUGAACUAUGGGUCUCAUCAUCUCAGUUCUCGCAGAAACUAGCCACACAUCUCGGCAAUGACGAGCUUCAUCUAGAAGCACUAGCAACUGCAAACCUCGCUUUCCGCGUCUGCGAACGACAUUGCUCCCGUGGCGGAAAGGCCCGUCCAGAGCUCCUCCUCAAAGUAAAACUGCAGUACGCGGACACCCUCCAGGAAGCCCAGCGACGGAAACGAGGCGAUGAGGUUUUCUUGCCACGUGAAAAUUGCAAGUGGUAUGAUACGGCCUGUCAUUGGCCGCAUGUGUACGAAGAGGGAGCCGCGUUUCGAUUGGCACUUACUCUGUUGACGGGCGCGAGGGAUAUGUAUCCUGAUGAUGAGAAUGUGAGGGAGAGGCUGGCUGCGUGCAGAGCGUUGCAUGAGCCGAAAGAUGUGAAGGGAAAUGAGUUCGAGGGCUAUGUAAGUGGAAAAGGUAGUGCCCAAAGAGACCUGGCAGGCGACGAAAAUGCUAAGAUGGUAAGGGUCGUGGCGUUGAGGAAGAUGGGUGAGUUCGACGGGAGGGCCGUUGCAGAGUCGAGAAGAAAAGUAAGGCUGGCUGCUGAGGACGAGAGUGAUAUUCUCAGCACGAUGGUGCAAGGUUUUUUGGAUCCAGAUAAUGGGGAUGAGUCGGGGGAUGAGGUGGAACCUGAAACAGUGCUUGCUCGUAGAGUUACGAGCGGGAAGAGAGUUGAUUACACUGGGUUCGCAUGA